AUGUUUGCUUUUACAAAACGACAAUCACCUUUGCGAACCAAUAUGACGAAAACGAGAGCAGUCAACAAUGUCAACUUGCUAUUUUCAACGAUUUUACUUCUUGUAGCCAUACACACGACCAUCAUGUUUGACAAAAUCGUGGCAUCUUUUGUAAGAGAUGAAUUGACCGCAUCGAACAUUGUUCCUGUAUAUUAUGAAGACAGUAAAUAUUCACCAAAUUCGAACAUGAACUCAUUCCGAAUACUAAGUAGCACAAGUGUUGGAAAUAGAGAGGGAGAUGUAAUUCCUCCUUGUGAUGAUCUGUAUGGAACGCAAUUUUCUUGUGUCAUUCCACCAAUUUCAAACAAGACUUAUGAAUUCGAAGGUUGCCAACCAAAUAAUACUGUAAAAGUGUCUUGCACUGCUCGUGAUGGUGUGACAUGUAGCGGAGAUAGAACCUUUUACAAGGAAAUUUCAUGCUUUUAUACAAACGGUUAUUACUUCUCCAUAGCUAUGGCACUCAGUGUUUUCUUUGGAAUUUGUGGAAUUGAUCGAUUCUAUCUUGGUCACGUUGGUUAUGGAUUAUUUAAAUUAUUUACAUUUGGUGGAUUUGGCAUUUUGUGGAUUUAUGACAUUGUCCUGAUAGCAAUGCAACAAACAACUCCGAGAGAUGGAAGCAACUACAUUGUGGGGUACAAUGGUCCUCGAAAUAUUAAAUUCAUUCGAAAUAAUAAUACUUAUGUAUUUAACUGA